CGUAACCACGGUUAGAUGAAUUCGUCACGAGACGACGUCGUAACGACUAAAGAUAAACGAAAAUAUAAAAAUAGCGCGGCCGAAGUUAUUUUUAAAAAACGACAGUGUGGAUAUUUUUGGCUUGUCGCCGUGAGCUGCACUGGAAUUCAGCACGCGCUCUGCGAUGGCAAUAAUAACAAUGUCACUUUGUCACUCCGUCAUGAUCGUUCAGAUUCGUUUAUUACACAAAAUAAUAUGAAGGCGGCGAGUCCAUUCUCUGUGAACAAAAUGGAAAACCGAUAUGUCGACAACGAUGAAGACAACUACUCGGAUGCCAGCUCAUCGCUGGCUCCAAACGGUUCUGUAGUAUCAACAGUGCCUGACAGACAUGGUUUUCUAGGUGGUGCCCAAUACCUGAACGAAUCGAAACAUAUGAUAUCAGCUAACAAAACAAUAGAACGUGAACGAAAAUGGCUUAAUAUGACUGCCAAUUGGGAUAAACAAAUGAUUAGGAAUUUUAAAAAAGUACAAAACAGAUGUAGAAAAGGAAUACCUCAAUCAAUCAGGCCUAGAGCUUGGUUGUACUUGACUAAAGCAAAUAAAUUGUUAGACCAGAAGAAAAAUUUCUAUUAUAAGCUGUGUGACCAGCCAGGAGAUCGUAAAUGGAUCGAAGACAUUAGGAAAGAUCUACAUCGACAGUUCCCAUAUCAUGAAAUGUUUGUCGACAAUGAUGGAACAGGCCAAAAAGAAUUAUUUAAUGUUCUCAAAGCAUAUACAAUAUUAAACCCUGUCAUUGGAUAUUGUCAAGCACAAGCUCCAAUUGCUGCUUUUCUUCUCAUGCACAUGCCAGCUGAGCAAGCAUUUUGGUGUUUUGUAGCAAUUUGUGAUGAUUACCUUAGUGAUUACUACAGUCCAGGAAUGGAAACAUUAAUUAGAGAUGGUAACAUACUUUUUGCAUUAUUAAAAGAACGUGAACCAAAAAUUUAUAAACUAUUGAAAAAGCAAAGUAUUGAUCCAAUUAUGUAUAUGACUGAAUGGUUUUUAUGUGCUUUCACAAGAACGUUGCCGUGGCCCACUUUGUUGAGGUUUUGGGAUAUAUUUUUAUUUGAUGGCAUUAAAACAUUUUUCAAAAUGGGUUUAAUAAUGAUCAAAAUAUCAUUACCAGAAAAGUCAUACUCAGAUCUCAAAAAACGUUUUCCUACCAUGUGUGAAACCUUAGAAGCUUUACGAAAUCCACCAUUACAUAUGCUCGAGGAAGAAAGAAUUAUAAAAAAGCUCAUACUGUUAGAAAUACCCGAAGAUACGUUCAAAUAUUACCACAUACAACAGUCCUCAUUGAGACGAAAAACAAAAGAAACAAAAAAACUUCGAGAAACUGACGUGUUCUGAACAUUUGCAAUGACUAUUUUACAAAAAGUUACCUUAAGGAAAACAGGUUAAUAAUAAGAGUAUAAUUCUGAUCUAAUAUAUAAAAUAUAUAUUGAACUGGCCCUUUAAUGUUAUGUGUUGACAAAAAAGAAUUUGUAUUAUUAUUGUUAGUCUUCCAUAUUUCUAAUUAUAAUACUAUUUUAUUGUUAUAUAUUUUAAACUUUAUAUAGGAGACUCAAGUAAAAUUGUUAACUAUAUUUUAUUUUAAUUCCAUUUGGUGCUCUAAGUGUAAAUAAAAUAAUUAUUACUUUCUA